CGGAACCCCCUCUCUGUCUGGGAGGCGGAGACGGGACCCCCGCUGACGUCAGAGGGCCUGCGUGUUUCCUGCAAUAGAAAGUGAGACAGAAGGUGAGGAACCGAGCUGACCCCCCCACGGCGGCACCAGCUGCCCAGCUCUGAUGCACCCAGGAGCUGAACCACGACCCAACAUGCAGCUGUGAGCCGGCGCCAAGAUGCCCCGCACCAAACAGAACCGGCCCAAGAACCUCAAAGAUAAAAUCCAGGAGGCACAGAAGGAGCUCAAAGAGCCUGAAGCUUCUCAGACAGGUAUAUCUGAGAGCAGUCAACAGGCUGUGGAUAACAUAAAAGGCCUGAAGAGGAAGAAGUUUGUUGCAGAGAAUCAGCUGAAAAAGAUCCCCAAAUCUCCAGUGAAGAAGCCUCUGCAGUGUAAACUGUGUGAAGCUGCUCUGCAGGACACGUCCUCCAAAGAACUCACAACUUCCUGCUCUUCUUCCUCCAACAGUCCUUCCCACAAUCCUUUAUCCUCAGCCAGCAGGGACGAAGAUCCACAACAUGUUCAAGCAGCUGCAGCAUCCCCCAAUGAGGGGUCCUGUUCUCCAGAUGCUGAGAGGGUGAAGCAGGAGAACUUGUCUUCUGGAUCACAUGAGGAGAGUUCUCAGGUUACAGCUAAAGAACUUCCACCUAAAGGCAGUAAGAGCCCAGAGCGCAGCUUUGAAGGAGAUCCUUACCACGGCAGUGCUGCUCUGGAUGUUCUGCUGAAGGCUAUGGAGCCUGACUUCAGCACCCUGACAGAGAGGAAACACCCCUUGCAGGUUGCAGCCGUCGGUAAACCAGCAGCUGCUCUUUGUGUUCAGCCCAGCAGGGAGAUAACUGCGCUGCCGGCUGUGAACGUCAACCUACCGACUCAACCAUCCCACAUGCAGACGUAUUACAUCGACAAACAAGGAAACUUUAUUGGCAUUACAGCAGCGUUGCAGGGAAACUUACAAACCACACAAGGUACCUCUUCACGUGUCACACCACAGUUCCUGCCAAGUGUUUCAAAUGCUGAAAAGUCCAGCUUGCACCUGAACUUUAACACUGGACCAUCAGCACCUUCAGGCUCCAACACAUUGCCCCAAAGCCAACCACCAGUAGUGCACACAUGCCAGUCCCUUUCUGCCAGUGUUCCCAGCACCGUCCAGGUCCCAGUAACACCGGGUGCAAAUCAAAUGCAGGUGACCACAGUCAUGAACUUUGGUGCUGAGCAAAUCUCCAAAGACCAAAAGCCCAAAAAGCCAGGAAAAUACGUAUGCGAGUACUGCAGUCGGGCAUGUGCGAAACCCAGCGUGUUACUUAAACACAUCAGGUCCCACACCGGAGAACGGCCGUAUCCCUGCAUCACCUGUGGCUUCUCAUUCAAAACCAAGAGCAAUCUAUACAAGCACAAAAAAUCACACGCUCACGCCAUAAAGCUGGGACUCAUCGCACGCUCUGAGUCUGGAGGACGGUCAUUGUCCCAAGAAUCAGACCGGGCCGGUACGCACUCAGAAGCAGAAGAAAGCGGCGAAAGCGAUGAUGAAGGGAGCACCGCUGACUUGGAUCCUGACUCCUCACAGAGCAGCACAGCAGCUCCAUCUGAAAACAGAAGUGCAGGUACAACCCUCACCGAGAUGGACCCUGUCAGAUCCUCCCCAGGUCGAAAGACCCAAGAGACAAAAGUCCCGACUGCUCUUCCAAAAGUUGUUGUAUACCCAGUUAAUGUGUCGCCUCUGAGGGCAGACAGUCCAAGAGUUACAGGUGCCGCACCUGAACAAGCUGCUGCGCAGCGGCAACGAGAGUUCCAGACUGCCAAUCUGAGACAAAACAUGGUGCUGUCAUCUCUGAAGGAGGUAGAUGACACAAAUCCUUCACUGGACACUGUGAGUGAGGACGAAGACCAGCAGUGCAAGUCUCCUAUGUUGGGUGGGCAUGCUCAGCUCCAGCGACAACAAGCAACAGACUUCUCUCAGCAGCAGCAGCCCAAAUGUCUGCUCAGUCCUCGCAGUUUGGGAAGCACAGAUUCUGGCUACUUCUCUCGUUCUGAAAGUGCCGAUCAGGUCAUGAGCCCCUCAAGUCCUUUUGUAAAGAUAACGCCACCGGUAGACACUGAUGUUGUCAAGAGUAUUCCUCCCAGCGUCGCUCAUGUGGUUGCAACAGUGAUGCAUGUAGCAGUUACGCAAAAGACACGUUCAGCAGAAAAACAAAUGCGACCGCCAUUGGAGGCCAGCGCACGCUCUUUGGAAGAGCACAUUUCAAAACUGAUAUCUGAUAAUGAGGCAGUGGUGGACAACAAGCAGUUGGACAGUGUGAAGCCACGGAGGACAUCUCUCUCUAGGAGAGGCAGCAUAGACUCCCCUAAAUCAUACAUAUUCAAAGACUCAUUUCAGUUUGACCUAAAACCAAUGGGGAGGCGGUCAAGUUCAAGCUCGGACAUCCCUAAGUCCCCGUUUACCCCUACAGACAAGUCAAAGCCUGUGUUUCUGCUCUCUGUCCCUGCUCAGUACCCACCAAUGGACUGCCUGCCAAUAACUAGGAGCAACUCAAUGCCAACCACACCAGGACACUCAGUUUUACCCCUCAAUGUUCCUCCCAUCCCCCACCCUCUGAGGGUUUGUCAAUCGUUUGAUGAGAAAAUUAGCUCCUUGAAUGAUGAAGUAUUCUCAUCGGCUCCACCAACUCCAAACCCUGCCAUACAUUCUCGAACUCUGGUCAGGCAAGUAGCAGUGGAGGACUUUUCCACAAGCGAGGGGCAUGGCCUUCCUACAGUUCACUCCAUGGAUGAGGGCUAUCAUGGUCUGAACAGUGUUGCAGAGCAGAUGCAGCGGAGUAAGUCUUUUGAACACGGUCCGGACAGGAGCAAAAAGCCUCAGCAAAACAAAGGCACGAUGUAUGAGUGUGAAACAUGCCGUAACCGGUACAGAAAGUGGGAGAACUUUGAAGCUCACAAGAAGUUCUACUGUUCUGAACUCCGUGCUCCUAAGAACAGGACAGUAGCUGUUAAAGAAACUGAUCAAGAGGUUUUUCACAUCAGUGUACAGCAGCCUAACCUUCUGAGAGCAACACCUGGCUCAGGGAUUCUGGACCAGCAGUCAUCAAUCAGGAAGAGGAGGAAAAUGAAAAGUGUUGGCGAUGAAGAUGAUCAGUCGCCAACUGACACUAUUCCACCAUGUUCAGUUAGUUUUGAGUCACCAAUAGCUCCAACGAACAGAACCUUUCCUCCACAUGCUCUAGUAGUAGACAUUCAGCCUAAAAACAACCAGUCAAAGCUAACCCAGAUCCAACUUGUUGCACGAGGAAUGAAUACUGCAGAUUCUAGACUGUCACCAAUACGAGAGACUCAAAUUAGCAGCUCAGUGAAGGGAGACCUGCAGCGGCAGGGCAGUGGGACUUCAGUGAUUAGACACACCAACUCACUCAGCAGACCCAACUCAUUUGAGACGGACUCAGUUGAGAGGGUCUCUCCUGCUGAUGGCACGGAGAAGGAUUCUUUAAACAAACACAACAAAGAUGGAUCAGCAGGCAUAACAGACACCUACCAGGAAAAAAUAUCCCAACCCACCAGUGCUGAAAAUGGAAAACAAAAGAAUGAGCAAAGCAGCAACGGCACAGUUAGUGCAAACUCCACUCCUGUCCAUCAGUCUCGUCUUGUUCGUCAAAGCAACAUCCAAGUUCCUGAGAUCCUGGUCACAGAGGACUCAGAUAGGGAACAUGAGACUCAGACUGCCGAGCCAGCCGACAGGCCUAUAGACCAGUUCAGCUGGCCUCAGAGAAGCGAGAGUCUGUCCAAGUUACCAGCAGAAAAACUUCCCCCUAAAAAGAAAAGAAUUCGGCUAGCUCAGAUGGAUCAAUCCUCUGGUGAGUCCAGCUUUGAGUCAAGUCUUUCCCGGAGCCUCAGUAGGGACAGCAGUCUCUCUCGUUGUUCCAGCAUUUCGGCAUCUUUCGACAGAGAUGAACCAUCACGAUCGGAGAGUCCAUCCAGAGGAGAAGGUCUUGCUAAAAUUCCAGAUCUUCAGAGUCUUCCACCAAGCUUUAACACCCUUGGAGUGCCCGGAAUGAUGAGGCGUGCCGCAUCGGAGCAGAUCACCUGCACGCAACCCUCUGUGGAGAUUUCUUGUGAUUACCGUAGCAAGUCUUUUGACUGUGGCAAUGUCUCUCCUAGUAGAUCUCUGUCCCCUGUUGGUCAGUCAAAGAUUGGACAAGUAUCCCAGGUGCCAUUAAUUGAGAGGAGGCGGGGCCCAUUGGUUCGGCAGAUGUCUUUAAAGAUUGGCCCAGAGAGUCAACAGCCAGUUCGUAAGGCUGUCAUUGCUUCAGAUAAACCUUCCAUCCCCAACAUCAGUUCUUUCACUCAGAACAGAUCCCAGCAGAUUUACAUCGCCAGCAGGUGCCCUGUAACUCAGCCUUUCAUCUUACAUGGUGCAGAACCACCUCUGCAAAAGAAUGAGCAAAUGGUGCAAUGCAUCAAUCUGGGAAGCCCAACUCAGCAGCCUCCAGUACACGGUCUUCCACAUCCAUGGCAUCAGACAUCAAGGGUUCAGAUUUGCCAAAAGACACAACAGCAACUCAGCCAGAUCUCAGUUUCUCAUGAGAAUGCCAAAAACAAACCAGGUGACUCAGAUGAAAACUGUUUUGUGCCCAAAUAUCAACUCCAGUGUCCUCUGAAAACCAGCCAAACAUUUUCCUUCUGCACACAGGGAGCUCAGAUAGCCUUGCCAAUAUUAACUAUUCCAAUCACCAAUCCCAUUCUGAGCAUAUCCAAACCCUCAGAUAUGGGUCAGAACCUCUUUGUUGCUGGUCAGCAGGCCUCCAACAUUAAGACUCAGACUGUUGUGUUAUCAGGUGAACAGCAACUUGAUCAGAGCCAAUCAGGUGCUGCCCCACUGCCGCAGAUUCUCAUCACUCAUGAGCAGAUGCACCCUUCCUCCUCUUUGUCCAAUAAAAGUUGCCAGUUGUCUUCUCACAGCGUGGAGAGCAAUGCUCAGACUGCACCACUGGUGAGGAAGGACCACACUCAUCAUGCAGCAGAGCAGUUUCCUUCUUUCUGCACCCAGAAACUGUCCUCAGUGACACUCUGUCCCCAGCAGGAACCCAGUACUUCUAGUAAACGCAUGCUGUCACCGGCCAACAGUUUGGACAUUUACAUGGAGAAGCACCAGAAACGGGCCAAAGAUGAGCAUGGAGUGGCCUGUCUGACAGAUGGAAGGUCACUCGGUUACUUAAACUCAAAGAUGUCUGAGGUGACGCGGCAGCGGAAACUGAUGCUCGUCAGGCAGGUCUGCACAACGGAACCAGUGAACGGUCCCAUAGAGACUGAGGCGCUGACUCUGCCGGAUAUCAAAACGAACACUGAGAAGGACUCAGAGGCCACUGACGAUGUUAAGCCCAUGUCCCCUGAUGGUGCUGGGCCUGAAAAAGAGACAGCAACCAUUAUUCAAGAGGAGGCAAGUCCGGUCCUGAACCCUGCAUCUGGAGCUCAGGAGGCCACCAUCUCAGCUACUAACACUCUGAAGUCUGAGGAGAAAACCGAGGAGCAGCGAUGGACUCUAACCAAAUCCCUGAUACGGCCUUCCAGUUUCCACAUCUGCCAGGCAAAGCUGACCACUUCUGUGUCUGUGGUGAACACCAAGGACACCCACCGCCUAUCCUUCCCCAGUCUGAAGACCACCACCACCUUCACGUGGUGUUUCCUGUUGAAGAGGAAGCCUCUGCAUGUGCCACAGACUGACAAGAAGACCUCAGCAUACAUGGCCUGGACAGUCAGUCCCAACAACCCCAACCCCCUUUGUCUGCCCACCAAGGUGGUCAUGUCUCUGUUCAACUCCAAGCAAAGCUCCAAGAAGUUCCACUACACCUCCGCCAUAAAAACCAGCGGCAAGUCAGACAUCUUGUCAUACUCAGGCAAACUGAAAAGUGUCAUGCUCAAGCUUCCAAUAAGCCAGACGUCCGAAUCACCACAACCCAGAAGAAAACUGCAACCAGAGGCUCAGACCAGCAACGAUUCAGACCGGGACAUGCCGCCUUCAGCUGAACCACGGAGAGUCAAAAUAUUUGAUGGAGGAUACAAAUCUAACGAGGAGUACGUGUACGUCCGCGGUCGUGGACGAGGGAAAUACAUCUGCGAGGAGUGUGGGAUCCGCUGCAAGAAGCCCAGCAUGCUGCGCAAACACAUCCGAACCCACUCGGACGUGCGGCCGUACCACUGCGUCCACUGCAACUUCUCCUUCAAGACAAAAGGAAACCUCACCAAGCACAUGAAGUCCAAGGCCCACAGCAAGAAGUGCACGGAGAUGGGGGUUCCCGAGGGCCUCGUGGAGGACCAGGACGCAGAGGACUCAGAAGACCGCAGUCAGCUGAGCAGCGUGGACCGUCAGGACUCAGACGGAGAUGACUCGGACAGUCCAGACGAGGACAACGAUGAUGAUGAUGAGGAGGACAGCCAGGCAGAGUCCAGCUUGUCCACAAACCCGUCCAUGUCCGCCAGUCCUCAGCACAUCUCCUCCAAAGAGACCGACUUCCCACCAAGCGCACUCCUAGCCCAGAUGUCUAUCAGCUCCCUGUCCUUCCUCCCGUCCCGGCCUCCUGAACCCGUCACCUCGGACUCUGUCCGUGCGGUGUGUCUCGUGACCCGCUGCAGUCCGGUCCCCAUCCUCACCACGGACUCCUACACGUCCGACCCAGAGUCUGUCCACAUGAUGAGCCCCGUGUCCCCCUGCAGGCAGAUGUCCAUCGACUACCCGGACUUCGACGGUCCUCUUAGCCCCCCAGUGUCUAACAAGAACUCCAAGUUAGUCCAGGACCGUCCUGCUGCUCCAUCAGGGACCUCAGAGUCCAGCACUCCGGUGGACCGCAGUACACAGACCUCCUCCUACCUGCCCCCUCUGCAGGGAGCCCCGCCCCCUGCAGAGGCGCACCUGUUCAGUCACCUGCCGUUGCACUCGCAGCAGCCGGCCCGCUCCCCCUACAGCAUGGUGCCCGUUGGGGGGAUCCAGCUGGUUCCUGCUGGGCUGGCCACUUUUGUCCCGAUCCAGGCUGGCCCGGUCCAGCUCACCAUCCCGGCUGUGAUCCACCGGAACACGAGCCUGUUACCUCCCCCCAGCACCCCCCCUCAGCAGGAGGGCCUGCAGGGCCCAGAGCCCCUCAGCAGCAUCCUGCCCUGCUUCCCUCUGGGCCAGGUGGCGGGCCUGCAGGCCCAGAACCUGCAGCCAGUGGGCCUGGAGACCCUCAACCUGAUGGGGCUGACCAGCACGGGGCUGCUGCCCCCCCAGGGCCUCACGCUCAACGCGGCUGUGGGACUGCAGGUUCUGGCUGCCAGUCCCACCUCCCAAAGCGGACCCCAGAUCCCGGGUCUGCAGAUCGUGAACAUCGCCCUGCCGGCCAUCAUCCCGUCCCUCAGCCCCCUGUCCAGCCUCAGUCCUCUGCUGAGCCCCCCGGACCGGCAGGGCAUCCCGGGGGCCCCAACGCCUCGGACUGACUGCGGCUCUGCGGCUUCCUGCGCGCCGCUUUCACUGGAGGAGGAGGAGGAGGGAGGGAAGCCCCCCCAGCAGCACCCAGCAGCAGCUCAACAGACUGACGGUCCAAAGGAGCCGGCAGCCGAUCCUGCGGCGCCGUCGGCGAGCAGCUGGCAGACGGCGGUCGAUGACGAGGCGUCGAGUGACGACGAAGACCGACUCGUCAUCGCCACCUGAGCAGCUCUUCUUCUCUUUUUUAAUUCUCGUCACUUUGGAAAACUGAAACACUUUCAGGGGUUUGUCUUUUAGCGAACCACCUUCG